AUGCCCUACGCAGACAACCUCUACUCUGCUCUGGAGGAUGAGUCGGAUACUGAACCAAUUGGGGAUUCCUUGAGCCAACCGGGGCCCAGCGAAUUAGGGAUGGGCCCUAUGACUGCUAUAAGCUCGCACCUAGAGUACGACGGCCGCGCAAACGCCCAUGCGAGCCAGACGGCACUGGCCCUCAUGGACGAUGUCGACGAAGUGGAUCCACUUCUGCUCUCACCCACCGAUGGCUACUUUGCUUCAACAGAUGGAGCUUCAUCUGAAGUCCAAGGCGGCGCGGCGUCAUCUAAUAAUGUGCCAUCCGUGCCGAAUGUCUGGGUUGAGGACCCGUCUCUUGAGCGGAGUACAGCUGCGGCGAAGGCAAGGGAGGCAGAAGAGGAGCGACGGGGGAAUAUGUAUGGAUCGCCGCCUCAAGAAGACAUAGGGCGCUCGAUCCCUCCCACGACCGAGUCCCGAAACGGCUUGCCAUCUUCAGACACCUCGUCAUCCGUCAGGCAAAGUACGAGGCAUGCCUCCCAGUCACCAGGGGCCGCGUACCAUACCGCCCCGGCACCAUCAGCCAACCGCUUGUCUUCGCCGUCUUCAUAUAGAGCUUACGCGAUGCGAGAUAUUGGGUUCCAUGGUGCACAACAAUCGCACUUUGUACCACUGCCAAUCGAGGCGCCGCCCGCUUAUACACCUUCCCCCACCUCUCCUUCCAACUCGCAAGACGCACCGAGGAACUAUAGCACAUUCUCCCAACCCACAACCCUGGGAAUCACCAUGGGACUUCCAGAUGAGGCCCAAGGCCUUUUGGCUCGUCAGCCUCAGAGUAUGGGCGGUCCAGACCCUGAUGGCUCUGAUGCCCAUGCGGAUCACUCGUGGAGGCGCCGCAUGUGGACGUAUGCCCAUUACUGCAGGAUAGUGGUACUUGUUCUUGUACUUCUUCUGGUCUCCGUUGGCUUUCUCAUUAGCCUCAAAGGGCCAAAACCCCCUUCAGCAGACGAACCCAAAACACAACCCAGACCAGGUCAUCCAGGCAUGAACUAUCCGGGGAUUGACGACGACUUCUCUUGGAACGCCCGAGAUAUCUGCGGGGGUGCACAGAUUGCCCGUCCCAUCGACACCUACCAGGUGUCCUUUGGGUCCGACAACCCCCUGACCUUGGUGCAAAAGGUUGACGAUGACAGUAGCCAUCAAGAGUGGAUCGACGUCCAUGUGGAGGGCGCCGUCAUAUUCCGCAAGGCCGGCUCUGGCACACCAAGCUCGAAAGUGAUUGUCGAGACGGUUGUCAAUGACGAACGCCUCACCCUUGACAGCACCUGGAAUGCGGAAUAUCAAAUAUUGAUCAUCACUGUUCCUCCCCGAGUGGAUUGGGGCCGAGGAGAUCCGAGACCCUGCAUGAGCAUCAAGGUGACCGUGUGGGUUCCGGAAAAUGGCGAGCUCGACAAGCUUGAGGUCAACGCCGUCCAUCUAGGCACUAGACUCCUCGACAACCUAUCACUCUCCGUGUUACGAGUAACAAAACUCACCAGCAUAGCCGGGCACAUCGUCGCCGCGUCCACCGGUGUAGACGCUAGAGAUGACAAGCUUGUGGAUGUCGGCGCCCCUGAUUCGUUCCGCUUCCACUCCCGCUUCAUUGAGGUCACGACCACGGCGGCGCCAAUCAAAGGCUCCUGGCCGCUGUACGACUAUCUCGGCUUGCGCUCCACGGCGGGGAGCAUCCGAGUCUGCGUUGAGCCCAAGGAGGUGGACAGCGAUUCCCCGAAACCGGCCAUCCUGUACAUCAAGUCUCUGUCUGGCAAUGUCGAAUUCCGCGAGCCGAUCCACGCCACGGAAAUUGCCCAUACCCUUGAGGGUGCCAGGAACGGGCAGCAAGCAGAUAUCACAGCCGACGCUCUCCUUCCGCCAAGGGACUACCGCGUGGACGUGCAAACCACGAGCGGCGAUAUCCUCGGUGCGGCCGCGUUCAGCUCGUCGGCGUCGUUCAGAACCACCUCGGGGACUGUGAGCCUGGAUCUGCUGCCCGUGCUGGAUAAGUCUUUCGCCAAGGGCGAUGCGAAGAAAGUGGCACUGCAGACGAGCAGCCUCAGCGGAACGACGGACGUGAAGGUUCUGGAACCUCUGUGGAUGGACGCCUCCAGCGGUGGUGGGAAGCAGAAUGGCGGUCCGCUACCGCUGCGCGGCCUGCACGCGCAGCACACCAGCACAUCUGCGGACAUUAAGCUGCUGUACCCGGGGUCGUGGGAGGGAGAUAUUGAGCUUACGUCACUGACGGGCCAGUUGAAGGUUGCGGGUGAGGGCGUCAAGCUGAUCAAGGCAGGCAGUGACUGGCCGGGGAUCAAUAAGAGCUUGGUGGCGAGGAAGGGGGAGAAAGGAAAGGGAGGGAGGAUCCUGGGGAAGACUACGUCCGGGAACAUUGAUGUGGUUGUUGGGGAACGGGUGGAGGGCAAAGGGGUGAUGAAUUGGGCCAGGAUAGGGGCGGAAGAGGGUGGAACUGGAACUCGGUGA